CUACAUUUAAUUCUAAGAGAGUUUUGAGUUUUGUUGUAUCCUUAAAGAUUUUAAAUCCUUAAGGAAAGUGAGGUCACGCCUUAGAACAAUUCUUUUAUUCUUCUGUUAUUUAAUAUUUCUUAACAAUCUUAAGGAUUUAAAAUCCUUAUGGCUCUUCCUAUGAAUGCCAACAUCAAGUUGCUAAAUCCAGAUGCAGUUAGAUUGGAUAGGUUCGAUGGCACCAACUACAUGCGUUGGAAGGAUAAGACGACUUUCCUACUAACAACACUGAAGGUGUCAUACGUUCUUGAUCCAAAACUGCAACCUAUCCAAGUAUCGAAGGAAAACGAUUCUAAAGCAGUGAAGAAUGCAAGACUGAAGCGUGAAGAAGAUGAACUCAUAUGUCGUGGACAUAUUCUGAAUUCUCUCACUGAUAGACUUUAUGAUCUGUAUCGCAACAUGUCUUUUCUUCAAGAAAUUUGGAUUGCUCUGGAAAAGAAAUACAAGCAUGAAAAGAAAGGUACGAACAAGUUUCUUGCACUUAAAUGCUUUGAGUUUGAAAUGAAAGAUGACAAUUCCAUCACGGAUCAAGUGCAUGAAUUACAAAUUCUGGUAUCAAGAAUGUCAGAGUUGGAGAUAAAGAUUCUAGAUUCACUUCAAGUGAGGAUUGAGGUAGAAAAUCGUUCAAGAGAUUCAAUAUUGGCACCCUUGAAAGUUAAUUAUGUGAGUCAAAAUUCAGCCAAGCCUUUCCAGAAUAAACUCAAGCAUUUUAAGAAAAACAGUGCUUUCAAGAAAGCUUCUUUCAAGAAAGCUUCUUUCAAGAAAAGUCAGCCUUGUUACCAUUGUGGUAAGAAAGGUCACUUCAUUAAAGAUUGCAAAUUCAGGAAUAAUGUAAGGAACUUUGGUUCUGGCACCAGUGCAGAAACAAGCAACAAGGCAAAUUUGAUUGAGCAUGAAUUGGUUGCUAUGGUUUCUGAUUUGCAAGUCGAGAUGGUGACUGAAUUGAACAUGGCAAAUCCAACCAAGUCUAUGGAUUGGUGGCUGGAUUCUAGUGCAACAGUUCAUGUGUGCAAUAACAAAGCACAAUUCAAGUUUUAUGAAGAUUUGAAAGAACUAGAGGAAGUGCUUAUGGGAAACAAUGUCACUGCAAAAGUUCUAGGCAAAGGCACAGUGGAAUUAAAAUUCACUUUGGGCCACAAAUUGACCUUGGUUAAUGUUUUCCAUGUGCCUGAUAUUAGAAAGAAUUUGGUGUCUGUAAAUCUAUUGUGUAAAAGGGGCUUGAGGGUUGUCUUAGAAUCAGACAAGGCCAUUAUAUCAAAAAAUGGCAACUUUGUGGGGAAAGGUUAUUCUUGUGAUGGAAUGUUCAAAUUGAGUAUUAAUGAAAUAAAAAAUGUUUCUGCUUCUAUUGUUGAGUGUUCUUCUACUUUAUGGCAUACUAGACUAGGACAUAUGAAUUAUGAAUCAUUAAAAUAUAUGUCUAAGCAUUGAUAUUUAACUUGUCAAAAUGAUUUUAAAAAUAAAUGUGAAAUUUGUGUGCAAGGAAAGAUGACUAGAAAACCUUUUCCAAAAAGAGAAAGAAAUAUAGAAAUGUUAGAGUU